GCCACCUUGUGGUGAAAUAAUAGACCCCGGAUCCCGGAAGUGAAUGGUCUUUGUGUGUUUGCUACAUUUGCCUGUAUCUUGCACUAUUAGUUAUGUUUUAUGUUAUCACUUUUGUACGUCGUGCAGUUAAUAUGGGACCACUGUCAAACGGCAUGGUGCUGAGAAAUAGAAAGAAAAGAGUUGAAAACGCUCCAGGAUCUCAGGUUUGAUCUCAAGUGAGUGCAGUUUAUCACACCAUGUUGGUGACAGCAUAUCUUGCCAUCAUUUUCCUGCUUGCCCUGUGUGUUGGCCUCGAGCUCACAGCGCGCCGCCUCACCCCACCACAGUCUACUCCUACUGCUGUAGCCAACCCAGUUUUCCGUCGCUUCCAGAGUAUAUUCCUUCGAGCAUACCUUUUGGCUUUGUGGGCAGACUGGCUCCAGGGUCCUUACCUCUACAAACUGUACCGCCACUACAGCUUCCUGGAAUCCCAAAUAGCCAUCAUAUAUGUGUGCGGCCUGGCCUCCUGUGUUCUGUUUGCUCCUUUUUCAGGCUGGCUCCCUCAAGCCUUGGGCCGCAGACGAACAUGUCUUCUCUUCUGCCUAUCCUACUCCGCUUGUUGUCUCACCAAGCUGUCCAGAGACUACUUUGUUUUGAUUGUGGGCCGUGUCCUGGGUGGUCUGUCCACAUCCCUGCUCACCACCGCAUUUGAAGCCUGGUACGUGCACCGUCAUGUAGAUGUCCACGACUUUCCCAAGGAGUGGAUCCCUGGCACCUUCACCAAAGCUGCUACCUGGAACCAUGGGCUCGCUGUGGGAGCAGGGCUGGUGGCUAACAUGCUGGCUGAGUGGCUCCACUUGGGGCCGGUAGCUCCCUUUCUCCUGGCUGUCCCCUGCUUGGUGUGCUGUGGCUGGGUGGUGUUAACAGACUGGGGCAAGGAAGAGGCCGAAGAAGGUCCUGAAGGGGACAAGCAAACACUGCUUCUUGGCACUCCAAAUGGAGGCGUGACCCGCUUGUCUGCGAGGGCCCGGUUCUCACGCAGCUGUCAUGAUGGGCUGCGCUGCUUGCUGUCAGACAGGAGAGUCAUGCUCUUGGGUGGAGUGCAGGCUCUGUUUGAAAGUGUCCUCUACAUUUUUGUUUUCCUGUGGACCCCAGUACUAGAUCCUCAUGGGCCUCCUUUGGGAAUAGUGUUCUCUUGCCUGAUGGCUGCCAGCAUGGUCGGAUCCUUGCUGUACCGCCUAGCCACCUCCACGCGCUACUGUCUACAGCCUGGCCAUGUUCUCUGCCUGGCUGUGUUGAUGGCCUUCUUCUCCUUCUUCAUGCUGACCUUCUCCACUGCCCCAGGCCAGCCUAGACCUCAUGAAUCCUUUCUAGCCUUCCUGCUGCUGGAGCUGGCCUGUGGCCUCUACUUCCCUGCAGUCAGCUUUCUCCAGGGCAGGGUGAUCCCAGAGGAGAAGCGGACUGGUGUACUGGCCUGGUUCCGGCUGCCUCUGCACCUGCUGGCCUGCCUAGGGCUGCUGGCGCUCCAUGGGGAGAUAUCAGGAACAGGUGGAGGGGAGGGUGGCAGCGGCACCAGACACAUGUUUGGAGGCUGUGCAGUCAUGAUGCUGGCAGCUUUGAUGGCUGUAGUCAGUCUGUUCACCCUGGGCAGGAAUGACACAGACCUGAGACUGGAGGGAACCAGAGGGGAGGGCGAAAUGUACUGAGGAGAUAGACCACAUAUCCAUAUGUGCUUGACUGGUUUCAAAUGUAUUGUGCCAGUUUUGUGUGUCUGAAAGUAGAAACCUCAUGUGUUCCACUGGAGUAAUAAUGUCAAAAUUUUGCCAAAUGUGUCAGUGAAAGAAAUCAAAGGGGGUGUUUUGGUAGAUUAAAAUUCAAUUGAAUAUCCAUUUUUAUAUGUUUGCCUUGUUACUUCUCUGUUGUUUUUUUUGGGAGAGACUUUUACUAGUCCUGUCUGUGUAGGAAUGCUUUGGGAACAUGGCCAUAUCUACCUUCAUUUGUCAAAUAAAUUGCUGGAAGCUUUGUCAGCCAUGUCCAAAACUCCUGUAUCAUUCCAUUGACUAUUCCAGAUAACAUGUUAUUGCCUCAUUGUGUCCACUUAUAGGGAGGUGGGGUGAUGUGUUUGACAGGAUAUAAUUCAUUUCACCCAUCAGUAUCCCCAUGAGGAUCAGUAAUGUAGUAGUUCCAUCAUAUGUUUAAAAGCAGACAUGAAAAGAUGUGAGUUUACAGAGAGCUCAAAGAAUAUCCAAAGAAAUAAGAUCAUGACUAACAUGUAAACCAGUAUCUGAAUGUCAAUUCUUACAAUACUUCUUCCACAGUACUUUGAUUUCUGUAUGUUGUUUCUUCCAGCAUCUGUGUGUUUUUAUUUAAAAGAGCAAUCCACAGUAGGUCAGUUUUACUUUGAAUGCUUUUUCUGCACCGUCUACAGGAUAUUUUCUCUGUAUUGUCUUAACAUUUCUCUGUUCUUUACACUUUUAAAUAAAAGUGUACAUAUUGUACAUAAUUUA